CAAGGAACGAAGUUUAGAUAUCGUAUUAUUUUCGAGGUCUGUGGUUCAAUACGCCAUCAUCAUACCCACACCCAUGACGUCAUUCAAGGGGUGCGAGAAGUCACUGACGGUCAGGUAUAUCAAUGUCAUUUUGCUGGUCACCCUGUUGUAUCAAGUAUGUCAGUCAAUCGACGCUGUUAGUUUUAAAAUAAAUGUUCCUGAAAACCUGGACUCUAAUGUCAAAAUGUGUCAAGUGGACAAAGCUAUGGCCAUAGACGUGUGCUUUGACCAGCACGACAACGGGGAGAUAACCCUUGUUAACACCGACAAGAUGGCCGCUCUACCUGAAGGUACUCAGUGCAAGUUGAAACAGGAGGGAGGGAGUUUAACGGUGGUCUUGUGUGAGGACAACGACUGGAGGCUCAAAGUUCUUCACGGCAAGUCAACUCAGACGAUGGAACGACGGAAGAGAUUCCUCCUAGGAGAAGUCAUUUUUGUUGUGGUUAUUGCUGUUUUUUUGUGCAUCGCUUUCUGUAAUAGAAAUCAGACACCACAAUUGAACUGUAAGGGAAUCGGUAACGUCACAGCCAACCAACUUGAAACGACCGCCGAAGUCACGUGGGAGGAGCCGACUGCAGAUGACCCGGAGGAUGGAAAACUUGAACCAACACAAACCAAUGGGAACAGCUCAGGUUCGAGAUUCUCCGAGGGGUCUCACACAAUCACGUACAAGGCCACGGACCUUAGGGGGGUCAAUCAUUACAUGUCAAAUGUUAUUUCAUGUCAUAGUUCGCCGGUGUCCCAUGGUCAACACGAACCGACUGGACCACGGCACCACGACAUGCACGCCUGCUGCUCACCCUAACAUCUACGGCAGCCAGUGUUUCUACACGUGUGGGCUGGGGUUUGAGUUGGUGGGAGCCACGUCAUCAGUUUGUGAGAGUAA